AUGCAUUCUACUGCUGUAUUACACAGCCAGUCUUUCUCACUAGGCUACCCACCCUCGUCCUCGGCCAGCGACUGUAUUGGGUCCCAACAACAGCAGCAACAACAACAACAACGAUUUUUCUCACCGUCAGCCGCCUUCACCACAGGCGACGACGAAAAUCAUAGUCGGCGUAUCGGGUCCAUCGGACAUACGCUGUCGGAUCCAAGUACAAUUACCACCUCCGCGAACGGCUUACCGUACAGCCCAAGAAGUGCCGGUGUACAGGAUGCUCAAUUUGCAUCGGGCCCAGGGGGACUUCUUAUAAGUCCAACUGAUGGGACAGCGGCGGACAGUCUUGUCUCCAACCCUACAUCGCUCUACCCACAACAAGCGAGUUCCUGGUCACAGAGAAUGACCGGGUACGUUUCACCUGCAGCCAGAAUUCCAGUUCUACAUCCAGCGGUGAACCCAACCAACUCGUUACAGGGGGGUGGAUCUUCGCUCUCAAACAACCCCAUCAUGGCCAGAGACACAUAUCCCAGCGGAUAUGCAUUGAGCAGAAAUGCAUUUCCGUCCCCAUCCGCCUCUUUGAACGAUUUCCCUCGAUACUCUUACAGCUCGAGCAUGCCACAGGGAGUCGGUAAUCAACUAGACACUUAUGCUUAUGUGCAGUCUCAUCGAUCAACGCAGUCACUGCUCGAAGCUCCACCGUUCUGCGAAACCGAAAGUAUCGGCCACAUCAUGGGAAGUAACAAUCAAAAGAUCAUGCCGGUCAUCCACGCCAAGAUUCACAAGGGGUUUUUCCAAGCAGAUGACAAGUGGACAUGUUACCGUCGAAACUAUUUUUCCGUUUCAUGUUCAUUCACUUUUCAACCCUUUUUAACCAAUGGCACGUUUUACUUGCAAACACAGGAUCAGCGGAUGGAGCCCAUCAUUGACUGGGCCAUGUCUAUUUCGGCAGUCGUCAAUGCUUCGGAAAAUGAGAUUCGAGAACUCGUUCAACAUACCCCCAAACGAGACAAACAAUCCGAGAGAAGGCCAGAACAGGUUCGUCUCCGACCCCAGCCGCCGUACUUUUUGGGCUCGAACAUGGCUGGUUCUGGGCCACACUCACCAAUGUAUGGAAUGGGACAGCAAAUGGACUUUCCGCCAUAUGGCAUGACGCCACAACAGCCGCCGACACAACAUACAUUUGAACGGAUCCAGUUUCAGAAAGCGACGGCAAACAACGGGAAACGACGAGCACAACAGCAGUACUACAAUCUGGUCGUGGAGUUGCAUGCGUUGGUUAAUCAGCAGAAUGGGCAGCAUUGGGAGAAGAUAGCCAGAAGAAUCUCAGAUCCCAUGGUGGUGCGAGGACGAUCCCCAGGACACUACAAGGACGAGCGACGACACAGCUCUGCUAGUAUGGGUGACAACGGACGGGGAAAUCCGGGAGACACUACUGGUCGUGGAUUGCUGCAGUCUUCGAUUGAUCAUCAACAAUAUUCUCAAAUGCCUUUCCUGUAUGACGGGUCCCAACGAGGUGAUUCUCAUUAUAGCCAUGGCCGCGAUAUGCCGCGUCAUAAUAGCUACCAGCCACAGUUUGGGCAGAUCAAUCAUUCGGCGGAAGCAAUCAGCCCCCUCGUUUCGACUUCUGAUGGUUCCCUAGAAUUCAUUUUCCCCGAUUCACUUGGCGGUCAUGAAUCCACGGAUGGCGGUGGCCUCUCGCACAACAAUAGAUAUCAUCACAGCCACCACGAUGAUGGUGACUCCUCAUUCCGAAGGGACUCGGGCAGCUCCGGUAGUAGCAGUAGUCAGAGCCACGUACCCAGUCUCGAUCUGAGCUCCAACUCUGGAACGCUAGACGACGCAUUCGAUCCAAUGAUCGCGAGCUAUCAUAGCGACGACCAAGAGGAUGCGUCUGAUCAAUACUCGAAGCAAUCCAACACAGAAAGAUUGCCGCUGUCAUCGAUUGUGAAUGAUAGCAGUCAAUGCAGCCGGGGUAGCAGCGGCGGAACAUCGUUUUCGAGAUUCAUUGAUCCUAUCCAAGAGAGUUUGUGUGCUUGA